GGUUAGUAGACCGCGCCGCGUGUGAAACAUAUAGCAGCCACACCUUGCCACUGCCUGCACAUCAUCACCUUGUUCCAACUCCUGACCCCCCUGGGCAAAAGACACAGCGUCCAGGUCAAGGUUUGAGAAAGAGGUAAAGAAUUCGGAGCGCAUAGUCUAAAGAGAAGAAGAAAAUGUCUCACCGACACUCGUGUGACCGCUGUCGGCAACAAAAGGUGCGAUGCCUUCAAGACGAAUCUCAAUCGCAAGGGGCAGGUCCAGGAAGCAAUCCCGCCGCCUCCCGCAACCGGUCGUCGCUCACUCGCUGCGAGCGCUGCACCAAAGCCGAUGUCGAUUGUGUCUACAGUCUCAAACAAAGGUCGACUCGCACCUCUUCUGGUGCCCAGCCCGCGACGCGAAGAGACGCAAAUCUCGAUCCUAGUAACGCCAAUACCGGGAUUAGCAGCACGUCAUGGUUCAAUCAAGGCCUGGCCAGCGUGUUUAGUCCGGCCGGCGGGCCGAUUGACCUGAUGGUUCCGUUCCCCGGCGUUGACGAUGCCAGCAGCAGUGCCGGUAGGGGGGGCCUCACCGGCUUCCAUGGCUGGGAAACAAUCCAACCAUUUUCUCCGAUUUCACCGCCGAGUACCAUGGCGGCACAAUCAGGCGCCGACGCGUUCGGGGGCGCCCACGACGUUCGCGCCAUUUCCGCUGGCCCAUCCACCCCCGAAGACGGCGGCGACGACGACGACGUUGCCGACGCCCUCUCUCUGCAGCUGACGGCAAUUAGCCAGAGGACCACGCGGUCAAUGCGCCGUCUUGGCCGCCCGGGCUGCGCGCCUCUGACAGUAUCGUCGCCCGAGGUGAACGAGGCCUUUGAAGACACAAACAAUCUAAUACGCAUCGUGAACAACAUCGCGGCCGCCUCUUCAGAUCGCGACGACUUACCAAUCGACCCGGCCACCACCGACUUUGGCCUGGUAUUCCUGGCCCUAGCCUCCCACCAGCACCUCAUGGCUCUGUUCAGGGCGAUCUGCGAGGCCAUAAACCGGUGCCUGGAAUCCAUGGCUUCUGAGAACGAGAACCAGCACCAACAGCAGCAGCAGCGAAGCCUACACCACGGCGAAGUAGGGCCCUCAUCUGUCGCCCAGUUCGUCAUGGUCCUCCAGCUGCUGAUGCACCUAAUCAAUCGCGUUGACCGGAGCCUCUUCCAAGUCAACAAAUCCCUGUGCUUCAGUUCAGAGUCGUCUAGCGGCGGCCAGAUGACCCCCGACACGCCCAGCAUGGGCAGCAUCCACAGCUCAACCAUACACGCCCUCCUGAUGGUAGGGGUCGGCUCGGCACCGCAGUGCCUUCCCACACUUGCGCAAGCAAUUGCGAGGGCAAUACCGGAUGGACACGAGAAGCUCAGGCAGGUGAUUCAGGAGCUGCAGACAAAGAUGGAGCACUCGGAGCUCCAAUAGCGGUUAGGAGGCGGAUGGGAGGAGACCGGGCGUCAUGUUGAUUGGGAUUUUGUUCUUUAUAUGUGUAUAGUCUUGCAGGGGUCUGGGUGUUUAUUCUCUAGUCGGCCGCAAAGACUAGACUGGUUCAAAGUCGCGGGAAUUGAAUUUGGAAUGAUUAGGAAGCCGGGGAAAUAGUAACCAGAAUCGUGAAGGGGAAG